ACAACGUCACUGUCAUUUUAUGUCACAUGUAAAAAUUAAAUUGGUAUACAAAAUUUGUUUUCCGUUUACAUUUUUACUUUAGACAGGAUUAAACUGAAAUGGGACGUAAAAACCGCAACGUUAAUAAAUUCGCUCAACGUAAACGAGAUCAAAAAGAGAAGGCCAAAAAUCCACAAGAUAAACCUGCGGCUGAUACACGUAAACAUUACGAAGAUAUUAUAAGAGAAAAUGCUGCUUUUGAAGAAUAUUACAAGACACAAAAAGUAUGUCCAGAAGACGAAUGGUCAGAAUUCAUGAGUAGCUUAAAAGAAAACUUACCAACAGCAUUCAGAAUAACUGGUUCUAAAGCUGAGGCGGAUGCAUUAUUAAAUAUUGUAAAAAGUGAAUAUUUCUCACAAUUAUUAAAUGUAAAGAUUAAAAAUGAAGAAAAAGGUGAAGAAGAAGAAAUAAAACCAGUAAGCUUACCAUGGUAUCCAGGUGGCAUAGCAUGGCAACUCCGGCUGUCCCGUACAGAUAUCCGUAGAAAUGAACCAUUGUACAAACUGCACAACUUCCUAGUAGCGGAGACCGCAGCGGGUGGAGUGUCACGACAGGAGGCGGUGUCAAUGAUACCACCUGUUGUACUCAAAGUUGAACCACAUCAUAAGGUGUUGGAUAUGUGUGCAGCACCAGGAUCUAAGACGGCUCAGCUGAUUGAAUUUUUACAUGCAGAUGAAGACAAAGUGCCAAGUGGUUUUGUGAUGGCCAAUGAUGUAGACAACAGCAGAUGUUACAUGCUGGUACAUCAGGCCAAGCGGCUCAACUCCCCCUGCAUCCUCAUCACCAACCAUGACUCCGCUCUCAUGCCAGCACUUGUCACCACAGAUGAUAAGGACCCAACGAAAACAAAACCUUUAAAGUUUGAUCGUAUACUUUGUGAUGUGCCUUGUUCUGGAGAUGCGACAUUACGCAAGAAUCCAGAUAUUUGGCUCAAGUGGUCAACGGGCAAUGGAAAUAAUUUACAUGGUAUCCAAUACCGUGUUCUCCGUCGUGGUUGUGAACUGCUGGAGAUAGGUGGUAGACUGGUCUACUCCACAUGCUCCUUCAAUCCCAUUGAGAAUGAAGCAGUGGUGCAUCGUCUACUGCAGGAGACGGGAGACAGUGUUAAACUUGUGGAUGUCUCCGAUAUGCUGCCAGGGUUGAAGUUUAGAAAGGGAAUGACACAUUGGAGACCAGCUUCAAAGGAUAUGGUGUUUUACGACAAAUAUGAAGACGUGCCGGAGAAAUGGCAGACCGUUGUCAGACCGCAAAUGUUCCCGCCCAAAACUGAAGACCUGUCAAAAUAUGAUUUGGAGAAAUGUAUAAGAAUUUUACCUCAUCACCAAGAUACUGGUGGAUUUUUUGUAGCUGUAUUCGAAAAGACCGGUCUACUUCCUUGGGAGAAGACCGUGGAAGAGAAGACGGAGAAGGAAACAGAAGUUAAAGAAGAUAAAAAAGAACCACCGCAAAAGAGAAGAAGAAUGGGUGGAUAUAGAGAAGAUCCAUUUGUGUUCUUCUCCGGUGAUGAUGAAGAUGUAUUUCCUUCUAUCAAAGAAUAUUACGAUCUGAAAGAAGAUUUCGAUUCCAAAUGUCUUCUAACGAGAUGUUUUGUUGGUAAAAAAAAGAAUAUUUAUCUUGUUUCAAGUAUUGUGAAAGAUGUUGUACAGAAGAAUGAAGCUAAUUUAAAGAUUAUUAAUACCGGAGUGAAGACAUUUGUUAGGUGUGAUAAUAAAAAUAUGACAUGUCCUUUCAGAUUAUCACAAGAAGGUUUGCAAAGUAUAUUACAGUAUAUAGGAGCUGUACGUAGAGUGAACAUUUUGAAACAGGAUCUGAUCCUUGUACUUCAGAAUGAUAAUCCCAGCAAUCCACCAGACAUCAAACUAUUCACUGAACAUACACAGAAUUUGGUUAAAGAUUUGGCAACCGGUAGCUGUGUCCUACAAUACCAGGAUACGGAAUCGAACCUGAAACUGACAUUAGUAGGUUGGCGCGGAGUGCACUCACUGCGUGCGUACACCGCCACACCGGACACUGUACACUAUCUGAGAUUAUUGGGAGCUGACUAUAGUAAAUAUGAUGUCAAUAAAUUCAAGAAGGCGUCUGAUGUGCCCGAUGAUGCAACGAAUACUGAUGACGUCACAGAAGCUCAGGCGAACGAAAUUGAACCUAAAGAUGAUAAGAAUAAUGGCGAUAUUGAAACAGCAAAAUCUAAUAUGGAUACUACAUAAUAAUUUUAAUUUUUUUAAACGUAGAAUUCUACUGAAAUUACAUUUUAUAUAUAUUUUUGUCUAAGACAAUGAAAGAGACCGCAAUAUGUAUUAAAAAGGUUACUA